AUGAGUUCAGUGCAAAUAAGUCCCACGCUUUUGUUCCAUUUUCUGGAGCUUGUGACCCGCAAUUUCAAAGAGCACAACUAUGGCAUUGUAUUGGGACGUCUGGAUGCAAGUGAAGGUGUCAAAUAUGCACAGACUGGAUUUGAGAUUCCAACUGUUUCAAAUACAGCAUCUAAUAAUUCCGGUGAAAUUCGUAUAGAUAUGGCAUAUUUCCAGAACAGGUUGCGCCAGAUGCUCACUGUGUGGCCCCAGAAGGUGGUGGUUGGGUUGUAUGUUCUCACAUCUAAUAGUGCAAUGGAGGUGGGAACGAUGAAAAUAUUACAUCAACUUGAAGCUUUCCUAAAAAAUCUUUAUGGCGAGGAAACGUCUCCAGCCAUUCUCUUGGUUGAUCCAGAGCAGUUACUGCAGACCGGGGGUGGAAUACUUGCGUUUAGUACGGAAAAUGGUCUGGUGCAACCGGCUGGACUCACACUUUCCUCAGACGAAACCGAGAUGAUUGCGAGCACAACGAUAGCCAGGAAUGAAAAAUACCUUGCAGGCAACGAUUCAGCCAAAUUUGACGAUUCUGGGUACACAUACGACCAAUUAAAGGUGCUGUUGGACCGUCUGGUUGACAUUUUAAAGACCCAAGUGAACAAAAUAUUAGCAUUUUCCGACUCAAGCCCCACCUCUAUGGAACACAAUGAGCGCGUAAAACGACGUAUUGUGCAAUUGAGUCGAGUAUUGGAUACAAACAGUGAAACCAGCGACAUUUCAUUGCCAUUAUUGAGCACAGAAUUGAGUCUAUUAACAAUGCAACUAGCGUCGCUCGAUAAGUUGAAAGCGGUGUCCAGGAAGGCAAUCAUAGGAUACAAGAGCUACGAAUCAUAUAGGCCAGGAAGAAACUAA